AUAAAUACUUCAACAUACUGAGUGCAGCUAUCCAGAAGGCAUGGCAACCACACCUUCUCCCAUUUCCAUUUCUGCUGCAAAUAUUUCAUUUCACGCCAGAUUGCCACUGCUUUCACCGUUUCCUUCUUUGGUUGUCGUCAAAUGCAGCAACCCCCUUCAUAUCAAUGCUAUUGAAAGCUCCAACCUCAUUAACAAUGGUGGUGGACUCAAGAAUUUGGUGAUAUCAGCUAUAGUGGACGACCAGGUAGAUGAAUCGGCCAACAGAAACGAAAGUGACGUUCUGUUGAAUGGAUUGGAUAAAUCUACACAAAUAGAUGAAUUGACUGAGAUCCAAAAUCAAGAAACCAAAGUCUCUGAGAUUGCAGAAUUAUCAGAAGCAAGACCAAUGGUGGAGGAAGCUGAGGAUGGCGAAAGAAAAGCCAUGAACAAAAACAAAGAGAAGUUGGAAUCAGUAAAAGCUGCAUCCAUUUCCGCCAUUGUUGGCACCUUGGCAAGCUUACCCAUUUCCUUAACUCAUGACACCAACGCCUUUCAGCUAACCGUUUCAACUGCAAUCACCAUAAUCACCUGUGCAUUGUAUGGUGCAACCUUCCGCUAUGCUGUCCGAAGAGACAUGGAUGACUUUCAUCUCAAGACUGGAACAUCUGCAGCUUUUGGCAUUGUCAAAGGAGUUGCUACACUGGAUGGACGCCCAUAUUUGGAACACGAAGCUGGAAGCUUAUUGCCACAGGCUUUGAAUGGUGCAAUUUGUGUGUCUGAAAAUGUUUUGAUUUUUCUUUUUGCUGCUGCUGGUCUGGAUAUCUGCUAUAAGAUGGGGAUAUUAAGUCCAUUUCCAGUUGAAAGAUCAGUUUCAAGGACUAAAAUGUAACAACAAAUCUAUUUAUACCAUAAACUAUACUGCUUUUCUAGAUUAAAAUUUGUACAUUCCUACCAAGACCCCAAGAUUCUGGAUACAACAUUGUACCGUGCAAAAACAAAGGAAAAAUACAAAAGGGUACAUUUGGUACACAUACAUGACAGGACUGGACGGACAUGGAAAAAUUGUGCAAGGUUUUAGAGUUUUAAUUUGACAUGGGUAGUUUAGUAUUUAAUCAAUCUUGUCUCAUCUCUCUGGUUUUUGUUACACCUAUUCUGGCGGUCAUGCCCCACUCUUAAUGUCGCAUCAAAUGUGUGAUAACUGACAACAAGGUUUUAAUAUGCAAUGAAGUGGUCUUCCUAG